UGGUGAAAAUGAUAUUCUCCAAUAUCUCAUCCAUUUACCAGUUCCAUUCCCAGUUUUUUUUGCCAGAACUGCAGAAACGUAUGGAGAACUGGGAUUCCAGUGCCAGGAUUGGGGAUAUCAUCCAGAAGGUAGCUCCUUUCCUGAAGAUGUAUAGUGAAUAUGUGAAGAACUUUGACAAGGCGGUGGAGCUGAUCACCACAUGGUCUGAGAAGUCCUUGCCAUUCCAGGAGCUCAUCUCAAACAUCCAGAGACGGAAGAUCUCUGCCAACUUGACCUUGCAGCAUCACAUGCUGGAGCCAAUACAGAGAAUCCCCAGAUAUGAACUCCUGCUGAAGGAUUACAUUCGAAAGCUGCCUCCAUCCUCACUGGACAGGGAAGAUGCGCAGAAAGCCCUAGAAAUGAUUUUCACUGCCGCCGAGCACUCAAAUGCUGCCAUUGCAGAAAUGGAACGUCUCCAGAACCUUUGGGAGGUUUACCACAGACUGGGGCUUGAAGAUGACAUUGUUGACCCUUCUAAUGAGCUAAUUAAAGAGGGGCCUAUUCAAAAAAUUUCCUUCCGCCACAACAGUACAUCAGAAAAAUACCUGUUCUUGUUUAAUAACUUGCUGCUGUAUUGCGUACCAAAAGUCAUUCAUGUGGGUGGAGAAUUUCAGGUGCGCAGUCGGAUUGAUGUGGAGGGCAUGAAGGUUCGGGAACUAAAUGAUGUGGAAUUUCCUCAUGCUUUCCUUGUGUCAGGGAAGCAGCGGACUCUGGAACUGGAAGCCAGAUCCCAGGAGGAGAUGAGGGAUUGGAUAAAGGCUUUCCAGUCUGCCAUUGAGAAGAAGGAGAAGAGGAGUGAGAGUUUCAAGUUAGCCGUCCAAGGGUCUGAAGGAGAGAUCCAAGAUUUCAGUCGGUGCCAGUCUGAGGAGCUUGGCAAAUGGGCUCCACAGUGGGUGAGAGACAAACGGGUAACCAUGUGCAUGCGUUGCAAGCAGCCGUUCAAUGCCAUCACACGCAGAAGGCACCACUGCCGGGCCUGUGGAUAUAAAGAAUCUGCAGAAAUAUCAGAGCAGAGCCUGAUGUGCAGUUUUCUCCAGCUGCUGGAUGAAAGUGGGAAGGGGAGCACGCGGAGCUGGUUUGUGAUCCCUCGAGAUGACCCUCUUGUGUUGUACGUUUAUGGUGCACCUCAGGAUGUCAAGGCUCACACCUCCAUCCCCCUGCUGGGCUACCAAGUCAGGGAUAUGCCCCAGAGUGACACACGUCACAUCUUCCAGCUCGUCCAAUCUAAGCAGGUGUAUACAUUGAUGGCAGAGACAGAAGAACUGAAGCAGCGAUGGAUGAAAGCCAUAGCUCUUUCAGCCCAUGGUGAAGAGGAGGAAGAAUCAUUUGAUGAACAGAAUAGCGGGGACCUUGUCAGGAGGCUGACAUGCUCUUCCUAGCACUUCAGCAAGGGUCAGAUCACAACUCACAUGUGGUUUCUUUCCCCAGAUCUAUUGCCAGCUCACAAGAUAACUUUUGAUAUCUGAUGCUUGUUCUGUGCAACCCAUAUAUUUGUAAUAUUUUGCAACUGUAAUUGGUUAACCAUAUUGGAAUCUCUUGUUGCAGUCUUGUAUAACCCAGUUUUUCCUCAUUCACUUAUGAGCCUGUCAUGUGAAAUUGUGCUGAAUGCAUCACUCAAGUCAUAAUACAUUAUUAUAUACUACAGUAGAGGAAGUGCCAAAAUAAGCAUUCACAUACUAACCCCUGUACUAACACCGGAACAAAGAACACCUCAUCAACAAACACAUAGCUCUCUCCCUCCUUCCUAUAUCCCAAUCUGCAAAAUUGACACCCGAUCAUAGAUGCUGCCUCUGCCCCUUUUCAGGCUGAAGAAUCCAGAUGUUCCUUUCUACCCAUCUCCUCCAGGAAGGAAGGGUCCUGGAACCUAUUGAGAAAGCCUGUAGCUGAGUUCUAGGACAGUGUGAGAAACUCAGACCACCCCCUGAUAAAUGUUACAGAGUCUAAUGCUUCCUCAACUAUUUCUAGUGUGUCAGAUUCCAUUGUUUCCUGACCCAACAGCCCAAUAUUCCUCACUAAGUGGGUAGGCUUUUUGGCCCCAUUCAAUCUAUGGGAGAUGUUAGUUGAAGCUCAGAGGAAGACACCUGGGGUUACAACACACAGUCUGUUCAUCCCUGUGCUGUAAUGGCCACUAGAUUACAGGGCUGUUGAAAAGGUUUAGACAAUUGGCAACUAAAUGGAACCUCCAUAUCCAGAGGCAGUUGAGGCCAAACAAUUGCAGAAAGUGACCAUUACCAUGCUCUGCUUGCAAGCUUCCAGAAUCAUCUGGCUAGCCACUGUUAGUUACAGAAGGCCAAACUAGAUGGCUUGAUCCACUAAAGCCAGUUCUUUAUCCUGAGAAUGCUCUUGAUGCAGUUCUGCUGCUGACAUGAAAGAUGUAUACUGGCUGGCUGGGAGGGAGAUUGCCUUGGUUGGUGUCUGAGCUCCUUGCAGAACCAACAAGGUAUAUGUAAUGAAUUAUAAACCUUUAAAUUCUCAUGCUGUUUUUCAGACAUCAGAGAAUUCACCUACUUUUCAUGAUCACAUGGAAAUAAUUGCAGAUGAUUCAGCUUGCUUUCUGGCACCUCUGACCUGAAUGCAUGUUGAUCCUUCAGAAUAUGUUUAGCUGAUUGUUUCUUUACCUUGCUUCAUGAUCCCUUUCUCAUCAGUUUGUUAUUUCACAUGCAGUGGAGCCAGUGUGAUGUAGUGGUUAGAGAGAUUUAGAUCUAGGAGACCCAGGUUUAAAUCUCCAUUAUGCAUGGAAACUUGCUGUGUGACCUUGGGCCAGCCUCUCUCUCUCUCUCUCUCUCUCAGCCUAACCUACCUUGCAGGGCUUUUUGUUGUGAGGUAUAAUGAAGGAAGGGAGAACAAUAUAUGCUGCCCUGAGCUCCAUGGAGGGAGAGUACUAAGUAACUAAACCCUGUACUAAAUAAAUAUUUUUAAAUGGUGCUUUACGGCAUAAGCACUUGUCCCCUGAAAAAAAUGUGCAUCUCCCACCUUUCUUACAAAGAGGAUCCAAAUAUGUCAGAGUGCUCUCACAAGAAAUGCUUCCUUUCCUUUGUGAUGAUUGCACACCAACCCACAUGAUACACAUGACAUGACAGUCCUUUUAAAGAUACUACUUUCAUCCUUUUCUGAUGUAAGCGAGACCAUGCCCAAAGGAGGGCAGCCCAAAUCCAGCGCGUUACUCUGCUACAAUUUCCUAUAAUUUGUAUCCAGCUUACUUUUAGUGUCUUGCAUUCUUUGUCUUUAAAAAUGGCUUUGUGUAUUUUAUUCCUUUAUAUAUAAUCUACAGUGGUUUAUAACCAAAACACGAUAUUUU